GCUAGCUAGCUAGCUAACUAACACAUCCUGCUAACGUUACUGUUAGCUAGUUAACGAGGUCAGGGCGACACUUCUGACUGUCUCCCUUUGACAUGACAUUGAUUAUUUUGCAAUGUUAACUAUAUUGACAAAGGUUCAGAGCCGAGGAUGGUUUGUCCAAGAGAUAAGCCGAAUAUUUGCACACGUUUGCUUUAGGAACGAGGUGAAUUGCAGCUGGUUGAUAGGGCUCAGAAGCCACUUGGCAGCACAGAGGAAAACAACUGGAAUCAGGAAUGUCACCACGUCCUCUGCACUGUGCGCCAAACCUAGAGGAAAUUCCCAAAAGAAAGAACUGUCAGAAAAAAAAUUGGUAUGUAUUAGUGUGAUGAAGCUAACUAGCUAGAUUAGCUAUCCCCUGUCCUCGGCAGAACAUGGUUGUUUAUAUUGCCAAGCAAUGUGCAUUCGUUAAGUAUUCAGACCCUUUGACUUUUUCCACAUUUUAUUACGUUAUAGCCUUAUUCUAAAAUGGAUGAAAUAAAACAGGUUUUUAGACAUUUUGUAAAUGUAUAACAAAUAAAAAACAGAUACUUUACAUAAGUAUUCAGACCCUUUGCUAUGAGACGAGAAAUUGAGCUCAGGUGCAUCCUGUUUCCAUUGAUAAUCCUUGAGAUGCUUCUACAACUUGAUUUGAGUCCACCUGUGGUAAAUCCAAUUGAUUGGACAUGAUUAUAUAAGGUCCAACAGUUGACAGUGCAUGUCGGAGCAAAAACCAAGCCAUGAGGUCGAAGGAAUUGUCCGUAGAGCUCCGAGAAAGGAUUGUGCCGAGGCACAGAUCUGGGGAAGGGUACCAAAACAUUUCUGCAGCAUUGAAGGUCCCCAAGAACACAGUGGCCUCCAUCAUUCUGAAAUGGAAGAAGUUUGGAAUCACCAAGACUCUUCCUAGAGCUGGCCACUCGGCCAAAAUGAGCACUCGGGGAAGAAGGGCCUUGGUCAGGGAGGUGACCAAGAACCCGAUGGUCACUCUGACAGAGCUCCAGAGUUCUUCUGUGGAGAUGGGAGAACCUUCCAGACUGACAGUCAUCUCUGCAGCACUCCACCAAUCAGGCCUUUAUGGUAGAGUGGCCAGACAGAAGCCACUCCUCAGUAAAAGGCACGACAGCCCACUUGGAGUUUGCCAAAAGGCACUUAAAGGACUCUCAGACGAUUUUUUUAUUUUAUUUUUUUAUUUAACCUUUAUUUAACCAGGUAAGCCAGUUGAGAACAAGUUCUCAUUUACAACUGCGACCUGGCCAAGAUAAAGCAAAGCAGUGCGAUAAAAACAACAACACAGAGUUACAUAUGGGGUAAAACAAAACAUAAAGUCAAAAAUGCGACAGAAAAUAUAUAUAUACAGUGUGUGCAAAUGUAGCAAGUUAUGGAGGUAAGGCAAUAAAUAGGCCGUAGUGUAAAAUAAUUAGUAUUAACACUGGAAGAUAGAUGUGCAAGAGAUGAUGUGCAAAUAGAGAUACUGGGGUGCAAAUGAGCAAAAUAAAUAACAAUAUGGGGAUGAGGUAGUUGGGUGGGCUAAUUUCAGAUGGGCUGUGUACAGGUGCAGUGAUCGGUAAGGUGCUCUGACAACUGAUGCUUAAAGUUUAGUGAGGGAGAUAAGUCUCCAGCUUCAGAGAUUUUUGCAGUUUGUUCCAGUCAUUGGCAGCAGAGAACUGGAAGGAAUGGCGGCCAAAGGAGGUGUUGGCUUUGGGGAUGACCAGUGAGAUAUACCUGCUGGAGCGCAUACUACGGGUGGGUGUUGCUAUGGUGACCAAUGAGCUAAGAUAAGGUGGGGAUUUGCCUAGCAGUGAUUUAUAGAUGGCUUGGAGCCAGUGGGUUUGGCAACGAAUAUGUAGUGAGGACCAGCCAACAAGAGCGUACAGGUCACAGUGGUGGGUAGUAUAUGGGGCUUUGGUGACAAAACGAAUGGCACUGUGAUAGACUACAUCCAAUUUGCUGAGUAGAGUGUUGGAGGCUAUUUUGUAAAUGACAUCACCAAAGGAUCGGUAGGAUAGUCAGUUUUACGAGGGCAUGUUUGGCAGCAUGAGUGAAGGAGGCUUUGUUGCGAAAUAAGAAGCCGAUUUAGAUUUAACUUUGGAUUGGAGAUGCUUAAUGUGAGUCUGGAAGGAGAGUUUACAGUCUAACCAGACACCUAGGUAUUUGUAGUUGUCCACAUACUCUAGGUCAGACCCGUCGAGAAUAGUGAUUCUAGUCGGGUGGGCGGGUGCCAGCAGCAUUCGAUUGAAGAGCAUGCAUUUAGUUUUACUUGUGUUUAAGAGAAGGUGGAGGCUACGGAAGGAGUGUUGUAUGGCAUUGAAGCUCGUUUGGAGGUUUGUUAACACAGUGUCCAAUGAACGGCCAGAUGUAUACAAAAUGGUGUCGUCUGCGUAGAGGUGGAUCUGAGAAUCACCACAGCAAGAGUGACAACAUUGAUAUACACAGAGAAAAGAGUCGGCCCAAGAAUUGAACCCUGUGGCACCCCCAUAGAGACUGCCAUAGGUCCAGACAACAGGCCCUCCGAUUUGACACAUUGAACUCUAUCUGAGAAAUAGUUGGUCAACCAGGCAAGGCAGUCAUUUGAGAAACCAAGGCUAUUUAGUCUGCCAAUAAGAAUGCGGUAGUUGACAGAGUCGAAAGCCUUGGCCAGGUCGAUGAAGAGAGCUGCACAGUACUGUCUAUUAUCGAUCGCGGUUAUAAUAUCGUUUAGGACCUUGAGGGUGGCUGAGGUGCACCCAUGACCAGCUCGGAAACCGGAUUGCAUAGCGGAGAAGGUACGGUGUGAUUCGAAAUGGUCGGUGAUCUGUUUGUUAACUUGGCUUUCAAAAACUUUCGAAAGGCAGGGCAGGAUUGAUAUAGGUCUGUAACAGUUUGGAUCUAGAGUGUCACACCCUUUGAAGAGGGGGAUGACCGUGGCAGCUUUCCAAUCUCUGGGGAUCUUAGACGUUACGAAAGAGAGGUUGAACAGGCUAGUAAUAGGGGUUGCAACAAUUUCGGCGGCUAAUUUUAGAAAGGAAGGGUCCAGAUUGUCUAGCCCAGAUGAUUUGUAGGGGUCCAUAUUUUGCAGCUCUUUCAGAACAUCAGCUGUCUGUUUGUGUGAAGGAGAAACGGGGGGGGGGCAUGGGCAAGUUGCAGCGGAGGGUGCAGAGCUGGUGGCUGGGGUAGUGGUAGCCAGGUGGAAAGCAUGGCCAGCUGUAGCAAAAUGCUUGUUGAAAUUCUUGAUUAUUGUAGAUUUAUCGGUAGUGACAGUGUUUCCUAGCCUCAGUGCAGUGGGCAGCUGGGAGGAGGUGCUCUUAUUCUCCAUGGACUUUACAGAUUCUCUUGUCAGAUGAAACUAAGAUUGAACUCUUUGGCCUGAAUGCCAAGCGUCACGUCUGGAGGAAACCUGGCACCAUCCCUAUGGUGAAGCAUGGUGGUGGCAGCAUCAUGCUGUGGGAAUACUUUUCAGUGUUUUAUUUGUAAUACAUUUGCAAAAAUUUCUAAACCUGUUUUUGCUUUGUCAUGUUGGGGUAUUGUGUGUAGAUUGAUGAGGGAAAAACAAUUUAAUCAAUUUUAGAAUAAUGCUGUAACCUAACCAAAUGUAGAAAAGUCAAUGGGUCUGAAUACUUUCCGAAUGCACUGUAGCUACUUAACUUACAAUGCCUAUCCUCUAGUCUUUGUGCACUUUGGGGAAUUCUGGACAAGGCUUACUUGUUCCAUCAUGCAUUCAACCAGUUUUAGUUUUUGCACUAAUUUUUUUGUUGAUUUAGUCUAGUCUUAGUCAUUUUGACUAAAAUAUCAUUAAGUCUUAGUCGCAUUUGUAGUUUGAAUAUUGAUUUAGUCUAGUUAAUGUCAAUGACAAACAAUGGGCCAUUUUAGUAAACUAAAUGCCCUUUCAUUUUAGUCACAUUUUAGUCAUCACAUUUGUAUUGCCGCAUUAACCUAUAGUAAACAUAAAUCACUGACUUCAUGUGCACAAAUAUACAUACCCUUGUCCUACCAACAUAUUCUGCAUAACAUCCCAUUCUCUUCCCAACAGCAGAAAUAUGACAAACAUAUAUAAGAAUUAUCUGGUCAUGUAAAUUACUAAUUCAGCCUGAUAUUGCACAUUACAUGCAAAAUAGACACACACAAACACAGAGAGAGUAGCACAAUCAUCAAUCAACGGGAGCUAAUGACUGUUUCACCCAGUGAUGUAGUCAACUCACUAAACCUCAAGUCCGAAUCAAGUGUCAAGUCCCCUGUGCUCGAGUCAAAGUCUGAGUCACCAAUGGUCGAGUCCCCAUGGCUGAAGUCCCCGUGCUCGAGUCCAGGUUGCAGAUAGAAAUCCCAUGAAUAGAGCCAACGUUAUUCCUUAUUCAACACGUCAGAGGGGCAUGUUUGUUCUACAUAGCAUAUUUCUAUCUGAACGUUCCAUAACGUUGCAUCCUGCUGAACGUGCCCCAGGUUUUUAGCAACAGCUAGCUAAUGAGGUAACAAGAUUGAACAAGGUGUAGCCUAAACAAAUGGUUAACGGUCCGGACGGCAAAUAGCCUAGUUUUAGAAGGGCCCGUGAUAUGCUUUAUGUAAAAUGCGGCGCGCCAAUGCACCAUAGAAAGAAAAAAAAGAGAGUGCUGGUAUUAUGGGUCAUAUCCCUUGAACGGUAAUGGCUAGAAUCUAGCCGUUUUCUCUGAGGAAAAGAGGGAGACUUGGCUAGUACGUUGGCUACAGAACCUGGCUGGGAGAAAAAAACAUAGCUAGACUGUUGUUUUACUAUUAAACGUAAUGCUGCUAUUGUGUUUAAUUUCAUAAAGCAGCGUACGUUUCUUAACUAUGCAAAGGGUAUCUAACUAGAAGGCUGGUGGUGACUGGUUAGGUACGGGGAAGCAGGAGAGUUGCCUGCACGAUGUGUAUAAUCGGAGGCGGAGCAGAGCCUGUCUGCCCACCCACACUCAUCGCCUGCUCCCCCGCAGCUCACCAGCUGAUGUAGGCUAAGCUGUGUGUGGCGGGUUCUUCACACUGCCGAACAGAACUGCGCUGUGCUUCUGUGCUGCUAAUAUUAAUUGUGCUUAUCACUCAAAAGCUCUCAUUCUCUCCAAAAACGAUUGUCUAGUCCAUUUAGUAGUCAGAUUUUAGUCACAGAUAAUUUCAUCUUGUCUCGUUUUAGUCAACUGAAAUAUAUUAUUUUCUGGGUCUAUUUAGUCAGUUAUAGUCUUGUCAAUUGCCACUGAAAAAUAUGUGUGUGAUUAAUAUUUUAGUCACUAUUUUUGUUGACAAAAUGAACACUGACUCAAAUAAGGAUAAGCAAAUAUUGAUUAGACAAUAAGAUGUGACAAUCAUAUUAGCUAAGUUAAGUUUUCAAGAGGGUGAAUGUUAGUUCUGCUUCACUUUCUGGCUCUCGCUCUGUUGCUUAGACUCGCCACUUUGUGGACCACCGCAAUGUGAAGCUACUGGCUGGAGCAGGUGGGAAAGGGGCCUGCACCUUCCAUAGUGAGCCCCGGAAAGAGUGGGGUGGACCGGACGGAGGGAAUGGAGGAGACGGGGGGAACAUAAUCAUCAAAGGUGGGUGAGAAACACUGUCACUCUCUCAACGAUGUUGCACUAUUCCCAAACAGACCUGGUUAUACAUUGUUGAUAAUCUGGUUAAAAAGUAUUGGUCUUCUGAGAAGCUUUCAUUUACCUAUUCAGAUAAACGUUGUGAUCAUGCCAAAAUCCACAAUUGGCCUAGAAUUUGAAACAACAACAUAUUCAUUGACUACAGCUCAGCGUUCAACCCCAUAGUGCCCUCAAAGCUCAUCACUAAGCUAAGGACCCUGGGACUAAACACCUCCCUCUGCAACUGGAUCCUGGACUUCCUAACGGGCCGCCCCCGGGAGAUAAGGGUAGGUAACAACACAUCCGCCACGCUGAUCCUCAACACGGGGGCCCCUCAGGGGUGCGUGCUCAGUUCCCUCCUGUACUCCCUGUUCACUCAUGAUUGCAUGGCCAGGCACGACUCCAACACAAUCAUUAAGUUUGCCGACGACACAACAGUGGUAUGCCUGAUCACCGACAACGACGAGACAGCCUAUAGGGAGGAGGUCAGAGACGUGGCCGUGUGGUGCCAGGACAACAACCUCUCCCUCAACAUGAUCAAGACAAAGGAGAUGAUUGUGGACUACAGGAAAAAGAAGAGGACUGAGCACGCCCCCAUUCUCAUCGACGGGCUGUAGUGGAGCAGGUUGAGAGCUUCAAGCUCCUUGGUGUCCACAUCACCAACAAACUAACAUGGUCCAAGCACACCAAGACAGUUGUGAAGAGGGCACAACAAAACCUAUUCCCCUUAAGGAGACUGAACAAAUAUUUGUCAUGGGUCCUCAGAUCCUCUAAAGGUUCUACAGCUGCACCAUUGAGAGCAUCCUGACUGGUUGCAUCCCCGCCUGUUAUGGCAACUGCUGGGCCUACGACCGCAAGGCACUACAGAGGGUAGUGCGUACGGCCCAGUACCACACUGGGGCCAAGCUUCCUGCCAUCCAGGACCUCUAUACCAGGCUGUGUCAGAGGAAGGCUCUAAAAAUUGUCAAGGACUCCAGCCACCCUAGUCAUAGACUGUUCUCUCUGCUACCGCACGGUAAGCAGUACCGGAGCGCCAAGUUUAGGUUCUAGAGGCUUCUUAACAGCUUCUACCCCUAAGCCAUACGACUCUUGAACAUCUAAUUAAAUGGCUACCCAGACUAUUUGCAUUGCCCCCCCCUCUCUUUUACGCUGCUGCUACUCUCUCUACCUACAUGUACCUAUUACCUCAAUUACCUCGACUAACCGGUGCUCCCACACAUUGACUCGGUACCGGUACCCCCUGUAUAUAGCCCUGCUAUUGUUAUUUUACUGCUGCUCUUUAAAUAUUUGUUAUUAUUUUUGUAUUAAAUGUUUUUUUUUUUUUUUUUUUUUGGGGGGGGUUAUUCUUUCUUAAAAUUGCAUUGUUGGUUAAGGGCUUGUAAGUAAGCAUUUCACUGUAAGGUCUACACCUGUUGUAUUCGGUGCAUGUGUCAAAUAAAAUGUGAUUUGAUUUGAUCAGGCUGAAGAACAUUUUGAAUUGGUAGGGAUAUUUUAACCAGGACAUUGGAGAAAGGUUUCGUAUGCAUACAUCAAGUCCUAUUCCCGUCUAUCUGUUAUUUGCGUGCUUCCAGUCGAACGGCAAGUGAAGUCCCUGGCGCAGGUCACCCCCGUUUACAAAGGAGACGAUGGCGACUCAGGAGGCAGUAAGAACUGCUACGGACGCAACGCCAGCACAACCUACAUCGCUGUGAGUUAGUGCCCAUGGCUACGGCCCGGGGUGUUGCUUUGAAUUAGGGGCUCUUGUAUGUACAUAGAUUUGUAAUUACUUUAAUUUAGCGAUGUAAUUACUAAGUAAAUACCAGAUACCAAAAUGCUGACUUUAAAAUAAAGUGAAGGCCAAACUGAAUGUUGUGUGUGGUGUUUUGGGACCGUGCAGGUGCCAGUGGGCACGGUGGUGAAGGAGCAUGGGAAGACGGUGGCAGACCUCUCCCAGCACGGCCAGGAGUACGUGGCUGUGUUUGGAGGGGCGGGGGGAAAGGGGAACCGCUUCUUCCUGUCCAAUGAGAACCGUGCCCCCAUGACGGCCACCCCGGGAGAGAGAGGCCAGGAGAGGGUCCUCCAGCUGGAGCUGCGUACCAUGGCCCACGCCGGACUGGUGAGACACAGGAGUGGACCUCUCUCUCCACUGACCAGGCCUAUCCUAUAAUGUGGGCUGGUCACAAUAAUAUUGUAGACAUAUACAUGGGAUACACUUGAUCCCGCAAAAAUGUGUAACAUUUUCUUAGAUUUACAUGUUAGUGUGUGUUCUUCCACUUCAGGUUGGGUUUCCUAAUGCAGGGAAGUCUUCUCUUCUAAGGGCCAUCUCCAAUGCCAGGCCUGCUGUGGCUGCCUACCCCUUCACCACCCUCAACCCCCACGUGGGCAUUGUUAAGUACAGGGACCAUGAGCAAGUGGCAGGUAAUGGAGUUUAUCUUACUGUUGUAUAUUAUGUUGGGUUGAUCAUGCAGUUUACCAUCCCUCCCGUUCCCUGUGUCUAGUGGCUGACAUCCCUGGUAUCAUCCGUGGGGCACAUCUGAACCGAGGCCUGGGGAUCUCCUUCCUGCGCCACAUUGAGCGCUGUCGCUUCCUGCUCUUCGUCCUGGACCUGUCCUCCCCAGAACCCUGGACCCAGCUCCAGCACCUGCGUUUCGAGCUGGACCAGUACGAACCCGGACUCUCCCACCGGCCCCACGCUAUUGUGGCCAACAAAAUGGACCUGCCUGGGGCACGGGGGAACAUAGAGGCCCUCAGGGGCCACGUGGCCCAGAGGGUGAUCCCUGUGUCAGCCCUCACAGGCCAGAACACAGAGGAGCUGAUCAUCCACCUCAGGGAGCUGUAUGAUGUCUACCUGCAGACCCAGGGACAGGGCAGUGGGGAGGACAAGCCCACCAGGUGGUAGGUCAGCCGGGGAAAAGGAGUGAAAGACUUCCAUGCCUUUUCCUUUUCCUCACUGUUUAGCACCUACCAAAUGUAGUUUGUUCAAAUUAUAGGACUAAAUAAAUAUUUAUAUAACUAUGGUAUUUAUUUAUGAUUUAAUAAAUGUGUUUAAUUAAACUUGAUUCUGCAUUGUUUUAUUUACACAAUGCACUAUACUCAUACUUAUCAUUAAUUAUCACAACUGUACAGGGGUCAGUGCUGAUGACAUCAGGUAGUUAUUGUGAUGUCAUAUUUACUUGUUCAGUGUUUUCCCUUAUAAUAUCAACAUUACACAUUUAACCUUUAGGAUGUCUCGAGAAACACUCGUAUGAAAAAUGCAGGUACUGGUACACCUUAAACAUUGGACAAGUCUUAAGUGGAAUCCUUGGGACGUCCAACUCUGACGUGUCCCCAUUGAAGAUUACAUUUAAAACGGUUAAGGUAAGGGUUAAGAGUAAGGUCAUUUGGUCACAGCUAUCAACUUCUAUUUUAACAAAAUGUUCAGAGCAGGAAUCUCUGGAAUUCUCAGUGACACGUCACCCUCGCUAAAGGAUUUUUCUAUGUAUUUCUUGGUCAAAAAACAACAGUGUGUUUAGGCUGACCUUUGACCUCUGUGCCCGAGAUCACACCAUGUGUCACACACAGUGGUGGUUGUUUGCUGCUGACUGGACUUUCAGUGGGGAGUGAGCAGGGUCAGCUCAGGCAGUUCGAUGAGCAGUCAGGGCUGGUACACCAUGGCUGCGUUUCAUUCCACAAAACUGUUUCCUUCCCUCUGUCCUCAUUUACUCCCCUCCACUGAUCGGAUAGGACUGGGCAGGUGAUAGCAAUAUGACAGAAACUCAAUCUGGUCUUAAAGCAUUUCGUAGUAUUAUGUGCUUAAUUCCGAGACACUACAUUAAGUAUGAUACAGUAUGUUACGUUUCAUAUGGUAUGUAUUAAUUUAUGGAUGUCCAUGACCCAUUUCAUAUUAUAUUUCGUAUUAUAUGUUAUGAAUUACAAUUGAUAUUAUAUGUUACGAAUUUGCAAAAUGUACCAUCUGUUACAAAUUUGCAAAAGGUAUGGCAUGUUACGAAUUCUAGCUAGGUGGCUAAUGUUAGAGAGGCUGGGGUUAAGGUUAGGGUUAAGUUUAGGAGUUAGGUUAAAGGGUUAAGGUUAGGGGAAGGGUUAGCUAACAUGCUAAGUAGUUGCAAAGUAUAAAAAAAAUAGUAAUUAGUUGAAAAGUUGGUAAAAUGCUAAAGUUGUCUGAGAUGAGAUUCGAACUCAUAACCUGACUUUUGCAUUAUACGCCCGACGAACCACCCUACUUUAGUUUUUUGCAUUAACUAGCCAUCUGUCUUAUGUAACCAAACAUAACAUAUCAUACUAAUUUGAGUGUCCUGGAUUUACAUUUGCUAUGUUACUUCUAGUCUAUGAGACCAGGCUGAGAAACUAGGUGGAGCUAAUGUCUGGGAAUACCUACCCACUUGUCUCAUAUUUGUAACGUAUGUAAAGGAGAAUGAAUGAAAGAGGAAUUAAAUGUAGUUAAUGUAUUGUGGAAGGGGUUGGGUCCAGUCUGAACAAAAACAAAACACCCAAUCUAAACCAGAGUGUGUGUGCAAGCAGGUUAGCAGGAAAAAGCUUGGUGUUAACAGUACAGUUGUAGAGGCCAAUUGAAUACGUUUUUUCUUUCACUGGGACCUUUCAGAUCAGGUGUCUGCUUCUUUUUACUUCACAUAGAAACAAUAUCAUCAGCCUACACUCAGAGACCAGCCAAUCAGAGUCAAAUAAAAAUGGACAAGGCCAAUUAUACAGUAAGGGAGGGGGCUGACAGCAGCUACAGGAACACAAAAUGUACAGGAGACUCACCAACCAAUCGAAUAAGAGACAGGAGGCCUAAUCAGCCAGUCGGAUAAAUAAGAGUGAAAUGUACAUUAGCCAAUGAGAGUUACACUGAGACAGUAACUGGAUAGAAUUUAGAAUAGCCAUUCACAAUGAUGCCAGAGUGUGGAAUAUGCCAGAACACUGGCAGUGCAUCCUGGGUAAAGGAUGAACAUUGCUUAAUUCAUUAAUCAAACAUUGAAAGAAGGUGGAGAAAAGAGAGACCUUUGGGAGAGAGAGACGCUGGGGUGUGCCAAGCUUUUACCCUUGGGACAAACGAGAAAUAGAAAGUCAACGGUAACUGCUUCUAAAUGAUCUUAUGGGUAUAAACGAGUUGAACACUGGUGUAGUGCAGCAUGUUGAGCCUGGCCACUGCUACUGCAGUCUUUAACGGAUGGCCCACGUCACCUUCCCUCAGGGCUCUGUUAUUGUCUACUGCUGCUGUGUCAACGGAGCGGACCUCCACUACAGCUCUGUUUGUGCUCGCCUGAGGUGAAGUGGAGUGCCUCCUCUCUCCACACGUGUAUUUAAUGAUGACAUUGUUGACCUGUGAAUAAGUAUCGUUUAAGUAUUGUUAUUGAUUCAUUCAGUAGCAUAAUUGUUGUGUUGGUUAUUUUAUUUGGUUCUGCUUUUGAAGUGUGUGUGUUCUCUCCCACAGGCCAGCAUGUGAGAGGAAUGGACAAUGAGAGUGAGAAGUGGGCCAGAGUUCUGUGGGACUACCUUUGUCUGCACCAAUCUCUGGAAAAGGCAAGCCUUCAUAUCUGACUGUACAUACACAUAAGAUACAUUUUGACAGGAUACAUUUUAAAUGGGCUUCAAUCUGAAUUUUAAGUAGUGUAAUGCUACACUCUUUUGGGAAGUCAUGAUUAGCUCGUCUGGCUUUACCCAAAAUAACAUCAUAAUGAUCUAUCCUCUCAGGAUGAUUAUCAUAUCAUGUCAUACUCAUAGAUUUUCUCUCAGGUUUUUGUAAUAAUCAAUGCUGUCUCUUCUGUUGAAACUAUGUCAUAAUUAUGUAUGUUCUCUCAGAGUGAUGUCAUAAUAGGCCUGGGUUGCCAUGAUGUGCGUGUGGCGGAGAGGUCAGCUGAUCUCUUCCUGGAAGGAUUGGCUCCUUGGCUGCUUUUCACUGGUUACCUAGGUAACCAGACUGCAGGUCAGCAAGACACUGGGCAUCUUUCUCGCUAUUUCUCUCUUUCUCUGUCCCUCUUUCUGCCCAUGCAAGGAAACACACACGCACAAACACAAGCAUACCGUGUUUCUAUGUUUCUAUCCAAUGUCUCUAGUGUGUGUGUCGUGUGUUCCAGGUGUGUGGACGAGGCCAGAGGCUGACGUGUUCUUGGAUGUGGCUCUGAGGAUGGGAGUGCCCAGGGGGAACAUACUGCUGGAGACAGAGGCCACCAACACUGGAGAGAACAUCCGCUUCUCCUACAGGCUCCUCAAGGAGAAUAACAUCCCAGGUGAGACUCUCCUCAUUACAGACACACAUGCCUACUACGGGGAACCUUUCACAUGAAAGGCGUCUGUUAUUGUUGUGGUAUUAUUCGACAGCUAUGGGGCAGGAGAGCACAACUGAAUCACUGGACCACAUUUUGGUCAAGCCAGUGGCAUGCGAAAGUAAUCACCCCCCUUGGCAUUUUUCCUAUUUUGUUGCCUUACAACCUGGAAUUAAAAUUUAUUUUUAUUGUCUCCGGACCGCUCCUGUCUCAGCCUCCAGUAUUUAUGCUGCAGUAGUUUAUGUGUCGGGGGGCUGGGGUUAGUUGGUUAUACCUGGAGUACUUCUCCUGUCUUAUCCAGUGUCCUGUGUGAAUUUAAGUAUGCUCUCUCUAAUUCUCUCGUUCUCUCUUUCUCUCUGAGAACCUGAGCCCUAGGACCAUACGUCAGGACUACCGGGCAUGAUGACACCUUGCUGUCCCCAGUCCGCCUGGCCUUGCUGCUAUUCCAGUUUCAACUGUUCUGCCUGCGGCUACGAAACCCCUACCUGUCCCAGACCUGCUGUUUUCAACUCUUAAUGAUCGGCUAUGAAAAGCCAACUGAGAGACCUGAGCCCUAGGACCAUACGUCGGGACUACCGGCCGUGGUGACUCCUUGCUGUCCCCAGUCCGCCUGGCCUUGCUGCUAUUCCAGUUUCAACUGUUCUGCCUGCGGUUAUGGAACCCCUACCUGUCCCAGACCUGCUGUUUUCAACUCUUAAUGAUCGGCUAUGAAAAGCCAACUGAGAUUUAUUCCUGAUUAUUAUUUGACCAUGCUUGUCACUUAUGAACAUUUUUGAACAUCUUGGCAUGGUUCUGUUAUAAUCUCCACCCGGCACAGCCAGAAGAGGACUGGCCACCCCUCAUAGCCUGGUUCCUCUCUAGGUUUCUUCCUAGGUUUUGCCUUUCUAGGGAGUUUUUCCUAGCCACCGUGCUUCUACACCUGCAUUACUAGCUGUUUGGGGUUUUAGGCUGGGUUUCUGUACAGCACUUCGAGAUAUUAGCUGAUGUAAGAAGGGCUAUAUAAAAUAAAAUUGAUUGAUUGAUUGUGAAACAAACAAGAAAUAAGACAAACAAACAGAAAACUUGAGCGUGCAUAACUAUUCACCCACCCGAAGUCAAUACUUUGUAGAGUCACCUUUUGCAGCAAUUACAGCUGCAAGUCUCUUGGGGUAUGUCUCUAUAAGCUUGGCACAUCUAGCCACUGGGAUUUUUGCCCAUUCUUCAAGCCAAAACUGCUCUAGCUCCUUCAAGUUGGAUGGGUUCUGCUGGUGUACAGCAAUCUUUAAGUCAUACCACAGAUUCUCAAUUGGAUUGAGGUCUGGCCUUUGACUAGGCCAUUCCAAGACAUUUAAAUGUUUCCCUUAAACCUCUCGAGUGUUGCUUUAGCAGUAUGCUUAGGGUCAUUGUCCUGCUGGAAGGUGAACCUCUGUCCCAGUCUCAAAUCUCUGGAAGACUGAAACAGGUUUCCCUCAAGAAUGUCCCUGUAUUUAGCGCCAUCCAUCAUUCCUUCAAUUCUGACCAGUUUCCCAGUCCCUGCCGAUGAAAAACAUCCCCACAGAUGCUGCCACCACCAUGCUUCACUGUGGGGAUGGUGUUCUCGGGGUGAUGAGAGGUGUUGGGUUUGCGCUAGACAUAGCGUUUUCCUUGAUGGCCAAAAAGCUACAUUUGAGUACCUUCUUCCAUAUGUUUUUUUUCUUUAAGCAAUGGCUUUUUUCUAGCCACUCUUCCGUAAAGCCCAGCUCUGUGGAGUGUACGGCUUAAAGUGGUCCUAUGGACAGAUACUCCAACUCCGCUGUGGAGCUUUGCAGCUCCUUCAGGGUUAUCUUUGGUGUCUUUGUUGCCUCGCUGAUUAAUGCCCUCCUUGCCUGUUCCAUGAGUUUUGGUGGGCGGCCCUCUCUUGGCAGGUUUGUUGUGGUGCCAUAUUCUUAUUUUUUUUAAUAAUGGAUUUAAUGGUGCUCCGUGGGAUGUUCAAAGUUUCUUGCUUGGUGGUGCCCCUUGCUUAGUGGUGUUGCAGACUCUGGGGCCUUUCAGAACAGGUGUAUAUAUACUGAGAUCAUGUGACAGAUCAUGUGACACUUAGAUUGCACACAGGUGGACUUUAUUUAACUAAUUAUGUGACUUAUGAAGGUAAUUGGUUGCACCAGAUCUUAUUUAGGGGCUUCAUAGCAAAGGGUGUGAAUACAUAUGCACGCACCACUUUUCCGUUAUUAUUUUUUUUGAAUUUUUUAAACAAGUUAUUUUUUUCAUUCCACUUCACCAAUUUGGAUUUUUUUGUGUAUGUCCAUUACAUGAAAUCCAAAUAAAAAUCCAUUUAAAUUACAGGUUGUAAUGCAACAAAAUUGGAAAAACACCAAUGGGGAUGAAUACUUUUGCAAGGCACUGUAUGUGUAUUUUUGUCAACUACCCAUUAGUGAUUGUGUUUGUCAUAUGUCUACCCCAGCCAGCAGGGUGAUCCUGGUCCAGCAGCCUUUUAUGGAACGCAGGGUUUUUGCCACUUUCCUGCGCCAGUGGCCUGACCAGGGGGAACACACGCAUGCCAUCGUCACCUCCCCACAGAUGGGAAUCUCUGCCUACCCCCACCCCACUGUGGGUACUGCCACAGACCUCAUCACAUACAUGCUAGGUACCAUAAUCUCAAGACUUGUGUGUUGUCUUUAGACCAUGUAAGAUAAAUAUGUCUAUGGUAAGCCCACCUAUCAUCUUUCUAGUGCCGGAGUGUAUCAAUGCAUUCAGAAUGAAAUAUUCUGAAAGUCAGUAUUGUCCCAUUGCCAACCAUUUCACUUAACACUGUGUAGGAAUAACAGACAUGAGUAUGAUGCUAUGUGUGAGGUGUAAACUUUGUGUUUGUGUAUUCCAGGAGUUUUAGAGAGGAUCCGUGACUACCCACAGAAAGGCUUCCAGGUGGAACAGGAGAUCACACCCAGUGUUCUCUCUGCCUACCAAUGGCUCUUGUACGCUGGCUACAUUCCC